AUGGUCCAUCAGUUAAGCCGUAAAAUGACGUCUGACGAUCCGCCGUCAACAAAAGAAUCCGGAGAUGCCGGUGAAGAUGAUGUAAGGGUUGUCUCAGACCGUGGCCCGGAAUACGGUGGGGGCAUCUCCGACUCCUGCGUAAUCAACUGGGUUGGGCCCGCCAUGACUGCGCUCGAAGAGACCAUGUACGGCGACAUGAUGGGUAUAUCGACUUCGAAGAAGAUGCCGACCGCCACGAUAGCCAGUAAAACAAUGGUCACCGCGACCGAGCCACCAACGAUGGCGCCUACGUUGAUCUUGGAGUCUUGGUGGGCAACAGUCGUCGAUGCGAGAAAUAUACUCGAGGAGAAAGACGAGGAAGAAGACGUAGACGUGGACGACGAAGCGGUGUGUGAGGAGGUGGGACUACCAGACGAGGUUUGUGCGCUCGUCGAAGUGACAUUUGGACAACGCGAGAAGUUGGGAACGGGAUUGGACGACAAGUCUGCUUGUAUAGACUCUUUCGAGUACGUGUAUAACCUGGGAAAGGAUGAGGAUAACAGCAUUUCGAGCGCCCACGAGACGGAGUUGCAACAGCAAUCGUGCACCUGGCUCGUAUCACAAGUGUCGCCCGGGAUGGUGCCUGCAAAGUCACCGACUUGA